GAACAUCCGAGUAUCCGAUUCGAAACUCUCGGCCAAUGUCAGUAAGAGCAAGGUCUUCUGCAAGAUCACUCCUUGAAGUAUCUCUAGUCACAUUUAAUAUAUUUCAUACAGAUAACUCAGCUAUACUUACAUCAAGGACAUGUACAAAGGCGCCAAUUAAACGACACCCUGUAUACACGCGCGCAAAUCCAUCGUCGACGGUGAGAAAGGGAGGGGGAAGAGAGAGAGAGAGAAAGAGAGGAGGGAGGAGGAACCAGCAGGGAUUCGAGACGAGGUCGAGGGAGGCAGCGAGAUCGCGCGAGCGUCAUCGCGACCAAUCGGCGCACUUUGCGCCUCUCGGCCACAGCGUGCGGAUUGCGUUGUCAUUGAUUCUCGGUCGCGUGGAAAUUUCACGAUCAUCCGAUUUUUCACGACCAAGUUAUCGAUCCGCGUAUCUCUCGUAUUCGAGGAGACCAUCGAUCGAGCCAUGUCGGUAAUCUACAGGAAUUCGAUGAACGCCAUCGGCAAGUUCGUGCCCGAAGGACUGCAGCCUCUGUGGAAACAUCCAGCUGGUCCGCAGACCAUCUUCUUUUGGGCACCAGUCUUCAAAUGGGGGCUCGUAGUUGCCGGUCUUGGUGAUCUGCGAAGACCAGCGGAAAAGAUCUCCGUCAGUCAAUCUGGUGCUUUGGGGAUCACGGGGUUGAUCUGGACCAGAUAUUCCUUAGUUAUUAUCCCAAGAAAUUGGGGUCUCUUUAGUGUUAAUCUCUUUGUCGCGUUUACGGCUAUAUACCAAAUAACGAGAGCCUUAAGGUAUCAAUAUCAACAAGCACCUCUGGAGGAUGCAAAGGCAACUUCAUCAGCUCACUGAUGAUAAAUAUACUAGAUAUACAUUCCUAGGGGACGAAACUAAGAACAUAUUUAUUUCUUCGUGUUUUGCGAAACGUUCACGUUAUUAUUUAAGUGGUUGAAACGGGUAGAGUAGUGUAUCUGACCAAUAUAUCUUAAUGUCGAACAAGAAAAUGGAAAGAUAAUCGUCAAGUUAUAUUUAAACUUUUUAAAACCAUAUAUACGUAUAUACACUAGCGGAUCCUGACAACGAUAAUGGGAGGGAGGAGGGGGUUCUGCAAAAUUAUUUGAUUUAAUAUUUUUGAUUUCAUGCUUAGCUUUAUUUUUCUUUACGUAUACUUUUUAAGCGGAUUCAGCAAAAUUAAUUUCUUUUAAUUUGCAAGAGGGGGUUUUAAUCCCCACUCCCUCUUAGGAUCCGCCGUGCGUAUAUACAGGGUGGUCCUGAACGUUCCACCUAGACUUUGAGAUCUUAUAGGAAAUUUAAUUCUGAACAAAAAAUUUCCUAUAAACAUGGGUCGAAAAAUCCUUC